AUCACAUAUCUGCUCAGCCUAAGCCAAACCCAUCCAAGAUUAAACUAUUCAGAGAUCAAUCAUGUUCUCUCCAUUACUCUUCAGAUUCUCAAAACCCAAUUUUUGUCUAGUCUUUCUCUUGUUCUUGUCCUUCUUUAACUGUCUUCCUUGUGCUCUAAGUCAACGAGAACCAUGUGAUACUCUGUUUCGUUGCGGGAAUCUCACAGCCGGUUUCCCUUUCUGGGGAGUGGCUCGGCCUCAACCUUGUGGUCAUCCAUCUUUAGGGCUUCAAUGCCAAAAUUAAUCGAAUUCGACUUCUUCGACUUCUUUAAUCAUCUCAGGUCUUAUGUACCGUGUUCUCGAAGUAAACAUCACAACUAGUACUCUUAAAUUAGUAAGGCAAGACUUUUCAGGUCCAUUCUGCUCGAUUUCAUUCAGUGGAGCAAUGUUGACUCCCGAACUCUUUGAGCUUUUGCCAGACUACAAGACCCUCUCCGCUUACUACCUCUGUAACCCUCGUCUUCACUAUCCUGCGAAUUUCACAUGUUCAAAUAAGGGUGUUGGCUCGAUGAAUCAGGAUGAUUUCAAUCACAAUAACUGUGGUGGGAGUUUCAACAUCACUGUUCCUAUAGGUUAUGCCCCAGAGGAGGAAGGUUUGAAUGUAACCAAUUUGGAAAGUGUUCUUAAAAAAGGAUUCGAGGUGAAACUAAAUAUUGAUGAGAGACCGUGUCGAGAAUGUAAAUCAACUGGUGGAAUCUGCUCCUACGAUGUUGCAACUCCGGUUUGCUGCAAGAGAAACUCGUCAUCAGAACUCGAAUGCAUCCCAAUGAUUCCAUCAGGAUCUAUUAUUGCUAAUGAUCCAAGUCCACUUCAAGACUUCUGUGUGGCCAUUGGUGACCUUAAGAAUGGUGUUUUUGUGAAUGGUAAGUUUUGUAAGGAUCCGAAGCAAGCGAAGGCAGAAGAUUUCUUCUUCCAAGGCCUCAACAAGGCAGGAAACACUACUAAUAGAGUCAAAUCCAACGUGACAACAGUCAAUGUCGACCAGAUUCCCGGGUUAAACACUUUGGGAAUAUCCUUGGUCCGCAUAGACUAUGCGCCUUAUGGACAAAACCCGCCUCACACGCACCCUCGUGCCACUGAGAUCCUUGUUCUUGUCGAGGGAACGUUAUAUGUAGGUUUUGUCUCCUCCAAUCAAGACAAUAACCGUUUAUUCGCCAAAGUGCUGAACCCCGGCGACGUGUUCGUGUUCCCCAUAGGAAUGAUCCAUUUCCAAGUGAAUAUCGGGAAGACCCCUGCAGUGGCUUUUGCUGGACUAAAUAGUCAGAACGCUGGUGUUAUCACGAUCGCAGACACUGUGUUCGGGUCAACGCCCCCAAUUAAUCCAGAUAUUCUCGCUCAGGCGUUUCAGUUAGAUGUCAAUGUUGUCAAGGAUCUUGAAGCCAAGUUUAAAAACUAAAUCUAGUCACCAACAAUACGAGUGUUUAUUGUUUUAACACUUAAGUAAUGAUGUAUCAUGAAUUAAAGGUUUAUGCUUAAUAAAAUAAAAAGGUGUUUAUCACCU